AUGAUGCCCGGUUGGUCAGCCACGCAACAAGCGCAUGGCGUCUCCCAACAAGCACAUGCACAAGCACAACCUGCAACCUACAACUACGCCAACCCUGCGUUUGUUCCUGUCCAAGUUCGCCAGGCCUUCAACCCAUACACUCCUCCGACACCGCCAUCGUACGCUGGUUACGUCCCGCCGGCACCAAACCACCCCCCAGUUCUCGUGCCCACCCCGCCUGACGCUGCUCAAACAGAGCCGUCCAAGACGAAAACGGAAUGGCCUAAAUCAGUUCGCAACUACGUCCAGCGAUCAUUCCUGCCCCAAAAUGAUGACCCUUCAGUUUCCCGCGCAGAAGUCGAGGCAAAGCUUAAGGAGACGAUCGGCACUGCCAAAGAAAACGGCACGUUGUUUACUAUAGAUUGGGAUGCCGUGCCACUCCCCCACGCCCUUGUGAAAGCCGACCGUGAUGCGCUGUAUAAUCGCGGUAUUUUUGCCUCGUCUCCGCCUGAACCUCGAGCCAACUCCAAGAAAAGAAAGUCGUCCGAUUUUGCCAAUGGUGACUCGAGCCACAAGUCACGGCACAAUGCUAACUCUCGUUUGUCCCUCGAGGACCGUGUUUCAUAUGCUCCUGCAGACAAGCGCUCCGCGUUUGACGACAGCUCGGCCAAGUCAAGUAAGUUACAAAAAGAGGCAGCCAACAAGCGCAAACGCCGCUUCGAGAACGAGCAACAAAAGGCUGGUUGUAGGUCACCCAGCCCAACGCUGCCGUCUUCGGGUCCCAUCAUUGGAACCAGUGAGGUUUUGGAGAAGAGAUAUCUUCGAUUGACCGCCCCUCCUGUUCCUUCCAAUGUUCGGCCGGAGCGAGUUCUUCGCCAAACGCUGGACCUGUUGAAGAAGAAGUGGAGAAAGGAAGGGAACUACUCGUAUAUUUGCGAUCAGUUCAAAUCCAUGCGACAGGACCUUACCGUGCAACGCAUAAAGAAUGAUUUUACUGUUUCGGUGUAUGAAAUUCAUGCUCGGAUCGCUCUGGAGAGGGGGGACAUUGGUGAGUAUAAUCAGUGCCAGACCCAACUGCGCUCCCUCUAUGCUCUGGGCUUGAGGGGCAAUCCAAUCGAGUUCAAAGCCUAUCGUAUCUUGUACUUUAUUCAUACUGCCAAUCGCACCGGUCUCAACGACGCGAUGGCGGAUCUAACCACUGCAGAAAAGGAGGAGAGGCCGAUCAAGCACGCGCUGCAGGUUCGGUCGGCUUUGGCCUUGGGAAAUUAUCAUAGAUUUUUUCAGCUUUAUCUUGACACACCCAACAUGGGCGCUUACCUUAUGGACAUGUUUGUCUCUCGAGAGCGCCUGGCCGCCCUGUGCAACCUUUGCAAAAGUUAUAAACCCGAUGUCAAACUUCGGUUUGUGACCGAAGAGCUCGGCUUUGAAUCGGAUGCUGACACUGCGCAAUUCAUCAUGAAUCACAACGGCCAGCCCCUUUUAGAGGACCGCACUGACGACAUAAUCUUUUUGAGUGGUAAAGCCGGUCAGCUUUUCGAAGGCAGCAAAUCCGAAGCUUUCCGCAAGGUUGACAUCAAAGGACAAAUCUGA